GUCUUAGAGAGAGCAUCACACAGCAUCCGACCGUCUAAUCGAGAACAUCUCAACACGCACACACAAAAAUCUUAGAAUGUCGGCCAUCACCAAGCAGAAGAACUUCAACAACAACAUGUACAAGUCGAAAGUGUCGCCCUCGCGCCGUCUCAAGAACCUCCUGAAGCCGCUCCUGGGUCACGUCUUCAAUCUGAAGAAGGAGCAGCCAAAGCGCAGCUCCUACAUCGCCUCGGCCGAGAAAGAGGCCGAGUUCGAUUGGCUCAACAACGACAUGGACAACAUGGCCAACGAGCAUCUGGAGAGCCGCCUCAUCGAGGAGAUCCGCCAGUGCGCCAAGGAGGAUGCCAUCAUCGUCUACAACGAAAACGGCUCUGGGGAACUGCAAACCAUGGACCAGGAGGACUACUAUGUUCCUGUCCACUUUGCCCGCACCAACGCCGGAACCUUCUUCUGGACCUCGGUGCAGCCCAAGGCCAGCGAGCCCUAUGCCAUCGAAUGGAACUUCCUCGACCGUUGGGCCCAAGCGUGAAGUAUCGGCCAGGACCUGGGAUACUUGAGCAUCUCUAAGCGGGGUUUUUCAACAUUUCUUUUGGGACAACUCUUCAACCAACUGGAGCCUGGACUUCAGCGGGAUGGG